AUGCCGCGGCAGCAGGAAUUAAUGGACAAAGCUGAGGACGUGGUCGACCAGAUACUCAGAAGCAGUAAACAUUUUCUGCCUCAUGUUGCUCGGUUCUGUUUAAUUGGCACCUUUUUGGAGGAUGGCAUCAGAAUGUGGAAUCAAUGGAGUGAGCAACGUGAUUAUAUGAAUGCCACUUGGAAUUGCGGAGUAUUCCUGGCAUCGAUGUUUGUGCUUUUCAACCUAAUUGGACAAUUGGGGGGCUGUGUAAUGGUUCUCAGUCGACAAAGAGUACCCACAGCUUGUGGCAUUUUGUUUGGAAUUAUUUUCAUUCAGACUGUUGCAUAUAGCAUUCUAUGGGAUUUGAAGUUUUUGCUUAGAAACUUGGCUCUUGCUGGUGGUGUAUUGCUUUUAUUGGCUGAAUCCAAGGCUGAAGGUCGCAGUCUUUUUGCUGGUUUGCCCAGCCUUGGGGAAGACAACCCCAAGCAAUAUAUGCAGCUCAGUGGACGAAUCUUGCUUGUACUCAUGUUCCUCACUCUUCUUCGUUUUGACUUAAAUUUGUUUCAAAUUAUAGAGAAUCUUGUUGGCACUGGGCUCAUUCUCUUGGUUGCUGUUGGUUACAAGACCAAACUGUCAGCAAUGGUGCUAGUUGUCUGGCUGACAGCGCUGAAUCUUUAUUUCAAUGCCUGGUGGAAUAUUCCUGAUUAUCGACCAAUGAGAGACUUUCUUAAAUAUGACUUUUUCCAGACACUCUCUGUUGUCGGUGGUCUAUUACUAGUGGUAGCCUAUGGCCCUGGAGGAGUAAGCAUGGAUGAACACAAAAAAAAAUGGUAA